AUGAAGCUUUUUUUGUCUUUCGCUAUACUAUUGACAAGUUUACUCACCUUUUCACAAGCAAUUUCCCUUGAUACGAAUAAUGUCACCUCAGUACGAGAAGGUUGUAAUUUGAUUGCACAAGGUUUGCUCGACUACUACGAAGGAACUAAAUAUGGAGGAACUAUUGGUGAAUUUUCUUCCCCUUAUUACUGGUGGGAAGCUGGUGGUGCAUGGGGUGGUAUGAUUGAUUACACUUUUUACUUUAACAAUGAUACUUUAGUUCCCUUGAUCAAACAAGCAUUGGAAUAUCAAGUAGGAGACGACGAUAACUAUAUUCCAUUAAAUCAAAGUACUACUGAAGGUAACGAUGAUCAAGGGUUUUGGGGUAUUGCCGUAAUGGGGGCCGCUGAGAGAAAUUUCAGUAAUCCUGACGACGAAAAGUUAAGUUGGUUGGGAUUAGCACAAGCUGUGUUUAACACAAUGACGGCUAGAUGGGAUUCUGAUGAUUGUAAUGGUGGUUUGAGAUGGCAAAUUUUCCAGUGGAAUUCUGGUUAUGAUUAUAAAAAUUCUGUUUCUAAUGGAUGUUUGUUCCACUUGGCAGCAAGAUUAGCAAGAUACACUCAAAAUGACUCGUAUGUCGAGUGGGCACAAAAAGUUUGGGAUUGGAUGUAUGGUGUUGGUUUAUUGACUGAAGGUGAUCAUUGGUUUGUUUAUGACGGUGUCAAGAUUGCCAACAAUUGUUCAAACAUAACCAAAUAUCAAUGGACGUAUAACCAAGGCCUUAUGUUGGCAGGUUGCGCAUAUCUUUACAACUACACAGAGGAUCAAAAAUGGUAUAACUAUACGAUUCAAUUGUUGACUAGUGCACAAGUGUUUUUCAAAAAUAUGUCUGGAAGUAGUGUCAUGUACGAAGCCGCUUGUCAACCAUCCAACACAUGUAAUAAUGAUCAAAGAUCAUUCAAAGCAUACUUUUCCCGAUUCUUGGCGCUUACGGCGCAGUUGGUACCAGAAACUAAGGGUACAAUUUACAAAUGGUUAGUUGAUUCGGCAAAUGCUGCAGCCGGUGCAUGUUCUGGAGGUUUUGAUGGACAUACAUGUGGUCUUUCGUGGACAAACUGGACUGUUGGUUAUGAUGGAUACUACGGAUUGGGAGAACAAAUGUCAGCGUUGGAGGUUAUACAAAGUGUAAUGAUUUACCAUGAUGCUCCUGCACCUUACACCGCAGAGACUGGUGGUUCUUCUAAGUCACAACCAGCAAGUGGUUACGGAACUACCGCAACUAAUGCUAAACCAUUGAGCUUAGACUCUGGUGAUAAGGCUGGUGCAGGUAUAAUCACAGCAAUCAUCGGUGCUUCUUUGGUUGGAUGUGGUGUGUGGUUGAUAUUAUAG